UCUCCAUUCUCUCCUCUCCUUUUCUGUCCUAUUCAAACAAUACAUUUUCAUACUCAUUCCCAAAUCACAUUCUUGAAAACAAUCCAUAUAUCAUUGAGUGAAAUCAUCUCAGCAGCAGCAGCAGCUCACAUUCUUGAUGAGUCACUGUGAUCACUUUGUGCCGCCAAACAUGGCUGAGCAAGACGACUUCUUCACAGGCCGAUGCAUUCUAGUAAACGGCCCUGUGAUAGUUGGGGCAGGUCCCUCUGGUUUAGCCGUUGCUGCAGGUCUUAAGCAACAAGGAGUUCCAUUUGUGAUGCUGGAAAGAGCCAACUGCAUUGCCUCACUGUGGCAGAACCGCACCUACGACCGCCUCAACCUUCACCUUCCCAAGCAGUUCUGCGAGCUGCCCUACAUCCCUUUCCCUGAAAACUUCCCAGAGUACCCGACCAAGCACCAGUUCCUAGACUACCUCAAAUCCUACGCCAAGUACUUCGAGAUUGAGCCUACCUUCAAUCAAGCAGUUCAGUCAGCAAAGUAUGAUGAAACAUGUGGUUUGUGGCGUGUCAAGACAGUCUCUAGUAAUGAUUCAACCACAGAGUACAUUUGUAGGUGGUUAGUGGUGGCCAGUGGGGAAAAUGCAGAGAAAGUGGUGCCAGAGUUCGAGGGAUCACAAGAGUUCAGUGGGAAUGUAGUGCAUGCCUGUGAUUAUAAAACAGGCGAGGAUUUCAGGGGCAAGCGGGUAUUGGUUGUUGGUUGUGGCAACUCAGGCAUGGAGGUUUCACUCGAUCUUUGCAACCAUGAUGCAGUUCCAUCAAUGGUUGUCCGUUCCUCAGUCCAUGUAUUGCCGAGGGAGAUCUUAGGGAAAUCAACAUUUGAACUAGCAGUUUGGAUGACAAAAUGGUUGCCAGUUUGGGCUGUGGACAAGAUGCUGGUGGCAGCAGCGAGAUUGAGUCUCGGAAACAUAGAAAAGUAUGGCGUGAAAAGGCCAUCAAUGGGGCCUCUGCAGCUAAAGAACACAAUAGGAAAGACCCCGGUGUUGGACAUGGGCACACUGUCAAGAAUCAAGUCAGGUGACAUCAGAAUAGUUCCAGGGAUCAAGAGAUUCCAAGAAUCAGGAGUUGAGCUGGUGAAUGGGGAACUUCUUGAAAUUGAUUCUGUUAUCCUGGCUACAGGAUAUUCCAGCAAUGUUCCUUCAUGGUUAAAGGAAAGCAACUUCUUCUCAAGGGAUGGUUUCCCAAGAUCACCAUUUCCAAAUGGAUGGAAAGGCAAAGCAGGAUUGUAUGCAGUAGGGUUCACAAGAAGAGGACUCUCUGGGGCAUCCUUGGAUGCCAUCAGAGUAGCACAGGACAUAGGAAAGAUCUGGAACCAAGAAACAAAGCAGAAAAGCCAUUCCAGGAUAGCAGCUUGCUGCUUCUGCUUCAGCUUCAACUGCUGUCACAGGAGAUGCAAGCCAACGUAAUUCCCAAUGUAUUAGAAAAGUCUGUCUUCUUUGCCUGCUGGCUUGUAGUGUUCUACUUCUAUAUUGACAGAUCCAAUGUCUUUUUUGGUUAGA